GAUGUUCGUAUGAGCGGAGGGGCUCAUUGUUAGGCAGGUUGCACUGUAGGGCGAAGGCGCACAUCGUUCUGUAGUCUCCACCAUUGACGCACAGGACUAACCGUUUUAUUGUCACAAAUUUACUUAUUUAAAAAAAGAAUUGAGCUGCAACUUUAUUCAUUCAUGCCUUGCCUUGUUUCCUAAACUGAAUUUCUGUAUCCUCAGCACUCCCGUACAUGAGAUUGACCGUGAAUGAGUGGCUGGAGGCCAACAUGAGUCAGAUGGACCCUGACAGCUGGACUGAUGUGUACAGAAACAUUUCCCGGGAGAAUCUUGUUCCCCGGUACAACAUCACCUAUGUAGGCUUCUACCUGCACCAGCCCAGUAUCGCUGCCACCUUCAUCUUGUCCUACCUACUGAUCUUCCUGGUGUGCAUGGUCGGGAAUGCAGUGGUGUGCUUCAUUGUGCUGUGGAGCCGCAACAUGAGGACUGUCACUAAUCUGUUUAUCCUCAACCUGGCAGUCAGUGACCUGUUGGUGGGAAUAUUCUGCAUGCCCACCACCUUACUGGAUAACAUUAUUACAGGGUGGCCAUUUGGCAGUCUGGUGUGUAAGAUGAGUGGCAUGGUCCAGGGCAUCUCGGUGUCAGCCUCAGUCUUCACUCUGGUCGCCAUAGCUGUAGACAGGUUCCGCUGCAUCGUUUACCCCUUUAAGCAGAAGCUGACCAUCUCUACGGCAACCCUGAUUAUCGUGAUCAUCUGGGUGCUGGCCAUAGCCAUUAUGUGUCCCUCUGGGGUAAUGCUGCAGGUCACCAAAGAGCACACCAUCCGGGUGUUUCUGGGGGAUGGUAAUGUAACUAGUCCUUUUUAUUGGUGCAGGGAGAACUGGCCCAAUCAGGAUAUGAGGAAGAUAUACACAACAGUUCUGUUUGCAAACAUCUACCUUGCUCCCCUGUCUCUCAUUGUUAUUAUGUACGCACGCAUCGGCAUCACACUCUUUAAGACUGCUGUCCCCACGGGGGGCAAGCCUGGGCAUGAGACCAGGCACAUUGUGUCUAAGAAGAAACAACGUGUGAUUAAAAUGCUGUUGAUCGUUGCUCUGCUCUUCAUCCUGUCAUGGCUGCCCUUGUGGACACUGAUGAUGCUGAGUGAUUAUGCCAGCCUCACAGAGCGUCAACACAGAGUGAUCAACAUUUAUAUCUACCCCUUCGCUCACUGGCUGGCCUUCUGCAACUCCUCUGUUAAUCCCAUCAUUUACGGCUUCUUCAAUGAGAAUUUCAGACGAGGUUUCCAGGCCGUAUUUAAGUUCCAGCUGUGUGCAGUGGGGGGUCAACGCAGGAAUACCUACUCUCACAGACUGCAAGGGAACUCUGUGCUCCCUGCCAACCCCCCCAUCUCCACAGAACCAAUCUCCCUCAAUAGUCUGGAAAACCACACCGCCCGCCGAAGUCAUCAUGCCAACCAUGUCAAUGAACAGGACCUUGUCAUGGAGGACUUGGAAAAGGUAUCACCUAGUAAUGCUGGAAUGGAGGCAGUCUCUCUCUGAGGACAACAUCACCAGCAAUUAUAUAUAGAUAUAAAGGGGAUAUCAGGAAUCAAGCCCUGUUUCUACUCACCAAGAGUCAAACACGAUAAAAAACUAAUAUAUGUAUACCAUUUGUAACUCUGUGACAUUUAGAGGAUGUUGAACACACUAUAUUCUUAGUUUAGCACAAUAGCUGGAGGUUUCCAGGAACGGCUAGCCUACUCCUCUCAAAAACAUGGAAAUAGACUAGGAUGGGAGGUUAGCCAUUCUUAUUCUAACUACACAGAUUAAUUCUAGAGUAGCACCACUACAUCCAACCCUACAUAUUAGUCCUAAAGCGCAACUACACCCUGGGUAUAAUAUAUAGCUAGACAUGUGGGUCUCUGGUUCAACUACACCCUGGGUAUAAUAUAUAGCUAGACAUGUGGGUCUCUGGUUCAACUACACCCUGGGUAUAAUAUAUAGCUAGACAUGUGGGUCUCUGGUUCAACUACACCCUGGGUGUAACGGCUUCGAGGGAAGGAGAAGCAGGAUAAUGAGGCAAUGCGUGUUUGUUGUGUUUAAUAUAGCAGCGAAGCUCAACAGCACUCUUUGCAUAAAGAGAGACAAUAACACACAAAGACAGGGGAAGCAGAGGGA